AUGACAACUGACCCCUACAAUACAGGUAUAACAAUGUAGAUACCACACACCCUGUGAGUUACCUAACUCACUAAGAUAAGAUGGCCUCACUGUUUCGUAGAAAGAAACAGCCUCAGACGGAGGAGGAACGAUUGUUUGCGGAGUACAGGAAACUUGAGAAGAGAACCCAGUCUCUAAGCAAUGGUAUCAAGUCUUGGAAGACUAGCCAGCUCAACUUGUGCAAGGGCCAGAACAAGAUGUCGAGUUGUUUGAAGCAAGUAUCUAAGAUAGGGCUCGAUCCCUCUGCUCUGACAAGAUGUGUCGAUCUUAUUACCACCCAACGACACAAGAUGCUGGACGAUGUUCGAUUAACUACUCAGGCUUCAAUGCAGAGACUUCAUUCACUCUUCAACAACAUGAACGGUGCAACUAAGAAACGUGCCCAGGCCAAAAGCGAGGCUGAUAAUCUGAAGAAGAAAGUAGAUAAGUACUACAACCAGUACCCGAUACCAAUAGAGAAGUAUAAGAAUGCAGUUAAAAUACACAAGGAGGCUACAGAGAGGCAUUCCAAAGCUCACGAUAACUUACUUAAUGAUCUCCGCUGCAUCAGCAAAGGGAAGUACGAUUUCUUUGAGCCAUGCCUGGAGUCCCUACUGCUAGCCCAACUAACCUACUACAAGCGAGUAUGGAAGACUCUGGAACCUGCAAUACACGAGGUCGAGUCCACAGAGACACUCUCCACUGCGGCUAAUAUGGAGAGACUUAGAUCUCUGUCUAUCGUUACUGGCCCCCAGAACAAUCUCAAGGCUAGGAUGAUGUCUAGAAAGUCUAGCAAGGCUCCCGCUCCUCCUAGUGCCAUGAGCUAAACUUUACAAGCAAGGCUCCCGCUCCUCCUAGUGCCAUGAGCUAAACUUUACAAGCAAGGCUCCCGCUCCUCCUAGUGCCAUGAGCUAAACUUUAAAGCUUAAUUCUGAUGAAUCUGAUAAUAUAACUAUUCAGUAACCCGCAAUAACGUGAUCGUUUGACUUCAAUUGUAUUUUGUAGACGGUUUAGUGUUUCGAUAUCAUAAUUUCUAUACGUUUAUAUUCGCAUAAGUUGUUCGUUACUGAAUUCUGAUAUAUCAGCUAAUGUAUAAACAGUCCAAGCUUCAUAUAAAAUCCUUUUUAUGAUCGGCUCUACUUUAAAGUUUAUUAUUUUUCGGUAUUCGCCGAUUCGAUUUAGAACAUUUGUGAAUUUCUACAUAUAAUUUGAUAAAAACUUAUUCCCGAUAAAUAAACUUACCAGUUUGUUGAUGAGCCAUUUGAUUGAGCUACCGGUGUUUUGAAAAUAUAUGCUUUACUCAUUUAUCCGUUUCCAGAUAAGUGUGUACGAUGAUUUCCCCUUUUCAAAGUUUCGAUACGAUCCUCAGAUCAAUUGUUACCGUUUUAUACCGAUUUUAAAGUGCGUGUAUUUCGUUAGGUAGCUAAUAAAUCAGGGGUAUGUGACGUGUAUCAUACAAGUUUGUUUUUGUAAUAUUAAUAGUAAACGUUUAACUGUGUUUAGAAUUAAAAUGAUAAUAAUUGUAAAAACACACUAA